AUGGCAACAUACAGUAAAUGCAGGACUACAAAUCCCAGCAAUCCCAGUGUUCAGAUGGCAGCAUACAGAAAAUACAGGACUACAAGUCCCACCAAACCCAGUGUUCAGAUGGCAGCAUACAGAAAAUACAGGACUACAAGUCCCACCAAACCCAGUGUUCAGAUGGCAGCAUACAGCAAAUACAGGGCUUUAAGUCCGAGCAGUCCCAGUGCCAAGAUGGCAGCAUACAGUAAAUACAGGACUACAAAUCCCAACAAUCCCAAGGUUAAGAUGGCAGCAUACAGCAAAUACAGGACUACAAGUCCGAGCAGUCCCAGUGCCAAGAUGGCAGCAUACAGUAAAUACAGGACUACAAAUCCCAACAAUCCCAAGGUUAAGAUGGCAGCAUACAGCAAAUACAGGGCUACAAGUCCGAGCAGUCCCAGUGCCAAGAUGGCAGCAUACAGCAAAUACAGGACUACAAAUCCCAACAAUCCCAAGGUUAAGAUGGCAGCAUACAGCAAAUACAGGACUACAAGUCCCAGAAAACCCAGUGCCCAGAUGGCAGCAUACAGCAAAUACAGGACUACACUUCUAAGUCCCAGCAAUCCCAGUGUCUAG